AUGUUGGUUGCAAAAUAUGAACCUCAUGAUAAUGAUUUAAGUGAAGAAUUAUUUGGCUUUCAAAGCAAUGAUGAAUUAAUACUUUCUGAUAAAAUAUGUACUCAAGUAUUGAAAGGAUAUUAUAAUACUGACCUUGGCCAGCAACUUUUAAACCAUUUGGAAAAACGAUGGCAGUCCUGGAAACAACCUUUGUUAAUAUUAUCUUUUGUUUUAUAUCCAAACUAUCAAAUAGAAAAGGUUAAUGCAGCAUUAAAAACUUUAACAUGGUUUCAAAAAGUAUUAGCAAUUUGUCAAUUACGUAGAAUACUUACUCAAAAAUAUAGAAUUCAAGAAUUAGAUAAGCUUAAAAGGCUUUAUGAAUCGACCUCAGCACCUUCCUUUUUAGAUGAUUUUCACAAUAUACCAAGUACUUCUUCUAUAUUCCAAAAUACUGAAACUGAAAUUGACAAUUCUAAAAAUGAAAAUACUGAUGAUGAUAAAGAUACUAUGAAAUUAUGGUUGCUAGCAUUAAAUAAAAAUAAUUCUGAUAGCAAUAAAGAUAAUUUAAAUAAAGACGAAGAAUCAAAUAAUACAUUAAGAUUGGAUUGUGAUUUAAAUAAAUUAUUAAACGAUCAAGAACAUCUAGUAAAAGAUAAGAAGGCCAAGUGGCCAUUGAAUAAUUUAUUUUCGGUCAAUUUAGAGACACCUUUUUUUGUAGCUAAUAUUUAA